CACUUCGAUCCGAAGUCAGUCACAAACAGAAAUUACUCCGGUGUUAUCUUGUUUAGUUUUGUGUUUAAAAAAACUUAGAAAUUCUUGUGAAAUUGGUUCAUGUGUACGGAUAUAUAAUAAUUACACUGCCGUUCUUAACAUACAUCCAAUAAUCCAAAUAGGUCCAACUAGUGUCACAGUUGGCUUCCCGCCAGAUAAAAGUGAAAACUACUGACUCAGUGACAAUGAGUGCAAACGAAAUGCUAACGGAAUCUAACAAAAAUGUACUGAGAAAAUCGUGACGGCGCACCAAAAUGUCGCCCGACAAACGUAAAAAGAAGACAAGUGACGAGCGUAUAUCUUUUAGGACUUGAUUAGAAGUGAAUUUAUAUAUAUAUAAAACCUUUAUGGUUAUGAUCUCAUUAUUAUAGUGCUCAUUCUAAAGACUGAUAAAUUAAGUUGGGAAUCAUGAUCGCGCUGAAGAAGCUGUACGGAGACGAGCUUUUGCGGCUGGCGCUUGUGCUUAGCUUGCUCAAAGCGAACCCCGAAGAAUACCACGAGCUUGAAACCCAGCAGCUAGCUGGGCUUCAUAUCACCAACGGAACGGAUUGGUCCUUGGAACACGAAGCCAGGACGCUGAUAAGACCACGACAUGUACAUCCCAAGUCCCUGGAUCAUAUCCUGAUGAACUACGAGAGACAGCUGUUCGAAGAGCUGAACUCCUUAGGGCGGUACAAUUAUUUAGAGACCAAUGACAGACCUUGGUACAAUCAGCCCGUCUAUACAUACCUGUUGAACGACGUUGCCACUGAUACGAUCGCACCAGCCCUCGGCCAAGAAGAGUCACAACAAGUAGAAGACAACGUGUCCGCUGACGAGAACGUGGCGCAGGAAGUCAAAGUCGAGGAGGAGAAAGAAGAGACUGCUGUUGUGACGCUGUCAGCGGAUUUUCUCCAGAACCACACUGAGAGCGACAUCUUCGCUGAAAUAGCUUCUAGAUCUUUCGACGUGAACGAGUUUCUCAACCCUGAGAUGCAAAUCAAGAAGGAAGAAGAUUUGAUGAUAGAGGUCAAGAAGGAGAAAGAAAUCGAGGAUGUGUUCAGUGAUAACGCCAUAGAUGACUUUGUUCCUUACUUCACGGCCAGGUCGGAGAAGAUUGAGCUGGGGGAAGCGCAUUCGGUGUUCAACCAGAACAUAGCUGAUCUCCAGGACUACGACGAGUUCGAUGUCAAGGAACUAAAUGACCUGGAACAUCUGGACGUUAAGCAACAGCAGGAGAACCUAGAACAGUAUCUGCUUGAGAACACUCCUUUGGAUUCGGAGGUUUACGAACUAGCGCCUAUGUUUGAAGAGGAGAUGAUUGUUAAGAGGGAAAGAGCCAGCACUAGUUUCACUUCAGCCAGUUCCAGCGGUGUGAGCGAGAUGGACUCUAGCUCCAAGGAUCUGGAUGUGAAGCUCGAGCCAGACGAAGGGCAUCACAGUGGCGAGGAGCUCACACAGGAGGACAUGAAUCUGAUCGAGGUGCUGUGGAAACAAGACGUGGACAUGGGCUUCUCGCUGGAGGACCCUCUCCAAAUGAGCAAUUAUAUCAAGGACGGUCCCCAGGCGACCAGGGUGAAUGUCUCCGAGGAGCUGAAGAAUAAACAGGAACAGAUAGAGAAGGUGAAAGCCACCCUCCUGGAUGAGAAGGAGGACGAUCCCUGGGCCGGACUCUCGUAUACAGUGGACACUGAGACUGGUGAGUACGUGAUCCAGGGUGAUUUGCCAGGUGAGCUGGUCAACGAGGAGCGAUUCAACCUGCUGGAAGAGACGCUCAGGCUGGUGGAGCUCGGAGACGAGGGCGACGCUAAGGAUGAACAGCCACAGGCGGUAGAGGGCAGCAGUAGCGGCAGCAUGCUCCACCCGGCGAUGCGGCACGUGCCGCACCAUCCGCUCGCUCACUAUCACAACCAGUCAUUGAUGCGCUCGAUGUCAGUGGAACAGCGGUGGCAGGACCUGGCCUCGCUGCUGACGAUUCCUCCGCCCCCUGACCAAUACCAGCACUACCAACAUCCGCACCCGCACCCGCAUCCCCAUCCCCACCCGCAUCCGCACCAUAAUUUAAGCGCCCACGGAGGGGCGGGUUACGCUCCAAACUAUCACGCCCCCAUACCACCUAUACCGGAAAAACAUCACGAGGUUUACGGUGCCCCAGCGCCGCUGGACGGAGCGUAUAAGGUAGAAGCAGCCCAUCACCCGCAGCAGCACGAUGGACUGUACUAUCAAACACCUACGGAACCACAGCAAGACGGAUUCCUCCAGUCCAUCCUGAACGACGAGGAUCUCCAGCUGAUGGAUAUGGCGAUGAAUGAGGGCAUGUACACGAUGCGGAUGUUGGACGGCGCGCCCACGGUGCACCAGACACACGCGCACAUGCCCGUGGCGGCCGAACGUGAUUCGGCAUCAGACAGCGCUGUGUCGUCCAUGGGCUCGGAGCGCGUACCCUCGCUGUCUGACGGAGAAUGGUGCGACGGGAGUGACUCCGCCCAGGAGUUCCACAGUUCAAAAUUCCGACCGUACGAGGCUGCUUACGGCAGAGAGAGAUCCCACGCGCCACAGAAGAAACAUCACAUGUUCGGGAAGCGCUCCUUCCAGGAACAGCCGUCCCAAGAAACCAGACCGGUUGUGAAAUACGAAUGCGAACAAACAUACCAUGAGAUGCAUAUGCAUGCAGAGUACACCCCUCGCCAGCACAUACCGCCCCAGCUAGGUGUUCAGCCGACGUUGGACAUCAAUUCACCACACUCAAGCCACGCAUUGCAACAUACAACGCUGCCGAGCCCGAACCCGCCGCGAUUCGGGUUCAGUUCGGGAGACAGAGUGAGACACAACCACACAUACAGCGCAGCCCUGCCGCCCACAGAGGAGAGACUACCCACGAGAGAUAAGAGAGUCCGCCGUCUGACCGACGGCAGUACUUCCGACAGCGGCAGCGGACAUCUCAGUAGAGACGAGAAGAGAGCGAAGGCUUUAGGUAUACCGCUGGAGGUCCAGGACAUCAUCAACCUGCCGAUGGACGAGUUCAACGAGCGGCUCUCCAAACACGACCUGAGCGAGGCGCAGCUGUCGCUGAUCCGAGACAUACGGAGGCGGGGCAAGAACAAGGUGGCAGCACAGAACUGCCGGAAACGGAAGCUGGACCAGAUCACCUCCCUGGCAGACGAGGUCCGCACGGUCCGCGACAGGAAGGCCCGCACGCAGAGAGACAGACACAACCUGCUGGCCGACAGGCAGAAGCUCAAGGAGAGGUUCGCCGCGCUCUACAGACACGUGUUCCAGCACCUCCGCGACCCUGAAGGACGACCCUUGUCCUCCAGCCAAUACUCCCUACAACAAGCGGCUGACGGCAGCGUAGUUCUCGUGCCCAGGAUGGGAGGAGACCACUCCAUGAACCGGACGGAGGAGGACCUCGAGCGGAAGAACAACUACGAGCACUAGUGCGGCACCGACCGAGGACAGCUCGCGGAUGGGUGGCCGCCUUUUAACUCUCGCUUAUCCUUUAUAUGAGUUAAGUUAAAAUAUAUUAUAUAUAUGUUGGAUAUCAAACACACCACGUGCGGCCCACGCCGGGAUGUGUCCCGGAGAUACGGGAUCGAGGAACCCCGAUGUGGACUGCUGGUGUUGGCAGGCGUGAUGUCAAUGUUCCGGUUUUACGGGAUUCCGGGAUUCAAGAACACGGGAUCAUUGAGUACCAAUGGGAUUCCGGAAAUAUAGUCGACUUCAUGAGCCAAUGAAUCUAAAUACCCGGACAAGCGUGUAAUUUAAUCCCAUGUUAAAGUAAUUUUGGUUUUCGGAAGCAGUAUGAGUCCCGGGUUCCCGGGAUUCCGGGUUUCUAGACCGCGGGAUCGUGGUCUUAGCGCAGAAAAUGUUUACAAACAAGUCUACCAAGAUACAUUUGGCGUCGCCGCGUGAAGUCGCGCGGCGAGCUUGUCUUAUUUAUUUUUCUAUAUUGUUUUCGUUCCCUGUAUAGAUUGUUUAGUUGAAUUAUUUGUGAUAAACUAAUGAUAUAAUUCCAUGUCUUAGUGACAGUGUUGCCAGUGUCGAUGCAAUAAAUGUAAAUUUAGUUUGUAAAUAGGUUAGGUUAUAUAUGAGAAGUACAAAAUUAUCAGGCGAAGGUCCCUACGGAACAGACAGACGGUAAAACAGUUCAUUGUCUUAUAUAUUUUGUUAAUUAAAAAAACAUGUCUGAAUAAAGGAAAGAUCAAAAAUAUUAUACAUUUUAGUAGAAAAAUAUAUUUGUUUUAAGAUAUGUUCUCUCCGGUGGGACUCAGCCGAGGUCUUUGGAUCGUUUUUUUUUUUAAUAUAUUAUGUAAUCUACAUGACGUCACGAGGACAACCAACGAGUCCGGACACGCGGAACCUCUUUGUUCGUUUCAACCAAAAAGUCUCUGCUGUCCUCGUGUCAUUAAUAUAGUGUAGCGCUUCUUCAACUUACUGUAAUAUUUAUGUAAGGGUCUCUGGCGACGGGUAAUGCAUUUCACUAAGUUUUCUAAAUAAAUACUUAGCGUGGC